AUGUGGAUAUAAAUUAAUGAUUGGGAGCGGAGAAGAUCAUAAUUUUAUUAGAAACAUGAGUAUUGGAUAAAUUAUAUGAUUUUAAAUUAAGCUGAAGAUUAAUUAUUUACUGAUGCUGAAGAUCCUUAAAUUUAUGGAGUGUUGAUUAUUUAAAUAAAGAAUUGA